AUGAUGAAAUGUCCGGAAGUAAUAACACUUGAUAAUAGCGAUGAUAAUGACAGCGAUGAACCCAAUUCAGGAAGUCGAAAUGUGGGAGCAACCGCCUCAAUUAUUCAUGCGAAACCUCUCAAUUUCGCAGCACUGCAACCAAAGAGACCUGCAGUGAGUAAAUUACCAGUGCGUACUACAAGUUUAAGUUCGUCACAGUUUUGCCGAGCCAAUAUUUCGGAAACUUCUGCAACACAAAUGCUGCAAAAAGCAUUCGCGGUUUCACAUACCAAGCAACCAAGUUUAGAACCCCGAAAUCGGAUCAUAUCGGACGGGGAAAAUGACACUAGCUGUAUCGUUCUAUCAUCGUCAUAUAGAGAAAGCAGUUUGGAUUCAUACUGCUAUGAAAGUUAUGAUCCAAAAGCACCACCAUUUGAAACGCAACAAUUCAAUGCCAAAUUCCGAUGUUCCGUUGGAAACUGUCGAAUGUUGCUUUCAAAUAAUGUAAGUUUCAUGUUCCAUCUAUGGGCACAUUUAACUGAGUUCAAUUAUGGCAGUGGUCUUAAUUGCCCCCGAGAAAUGCACCGAUUCUGCCGUUGUCCACAGUGCCUGCAUUUAUUCCCUACUGCAUAUCGUCUGCAGAUCCAUUAUGAUAAUGUUCACAGUGCGACGCCGUCCUCGUCCACGUGUAAAAUAUGUGAAAUCACUGUAGAUGAGAGCAAGCACUGGCAAAUUCAUGGUGAUUUCGAUGCGCCAUUUCACUGCAGAAAGUGUCGAUACAGAACUUCUAUAAGAACCAAUUAUAUAGAUCAUUUUGUUCGAUUCCAUUCAAAUACACGUACUUUAUUAUGCCCCUUCUGUCUUUACUCUUAUGUCAUAUCAAGAGAUAACACGUCAUCUGUGAUAAGUGAACGCGGAUAUGUCAAACAUUUUUUGCUACAUCAGGAAGAAAACUAUGGUUGUAAUCAGUGCUCGUUAAAAUUCAUACGACAUGCUGAUAAAUUCGCUCAUCGGAAAGAGCAUACUCAACCAAACUUGAAAUGGAUCUCAAAAAGUGUCCAAUUUCAUACAAGAAGAAAGGGCCGCAAAUUAUGGUCAAAGAAAAGAGCUCAAUUAUUACCAUCAUUAGUUGUCUGUAAUCGUUGUAAACGUGCAUCAUGUCUUCAACGAGACAUUUUGGAUCAUGUGCGUGAUUGCAGUGGAGGAAGCUGUAUUAUCGUUGAUCUGAAGGAGGAAAAGAGCAAUAUCUUCAGCCAAUAUAAUGAUGAGCUAGAGAUGAAAAUUUUUGCUCUUCGUCCGCAAGAGGAAACUACAAGACCUGGUGAUAAUGAUGUUGUGUCAGACUUACAUAAUUUCCGUCGUCUACGGGAUCAAAAUUCUUUGUCGCCCUCUCUUGUCAAAGCAAAUAUGGAGCUGAACGAUGCACGUCUACACAUUUUGUGA